GGCAUCUCGUAACAAAUCGGAAAAGAAACGAAGAGACCAAUUCAAUGUGCUCAUCAAGGAGCUGUGCACCAUGCUGCAGGGCCAAGGCCAUCCGCGCAAGAUGGACAAAUCCACCAUACUGCAGAGAACAAUCAACUUCCUGCAGACACAGAAAGGUAGGAAUGUGUAAUGUAGUGGGCUGCGUCAUUCAUCACAUUGACGUUGGCCUCCUGCUGACCUGUGUGUGUGUAUGGCGUUUAAAAAACACACACAAAAAAACACUUGCGCUUGUCUUUUCCUAAAAGCGCUGACUUUGCUGAUAACUACACUACCAGUCAAAAGUUUGGACACACCUACUCAUUCAAGGGUUUUUCUUUAUUUUUACUAUUUUUUACAUUGUAGAAUAAUAGUGAAGACAUCAAAACUAUGAAAUAACACAUAUGGAAUCAUGUUGUAACCACAAAAGUGUUAUACAAAUCAAAAUAUAUUUUAUAUUUGAGAUUCUUCAAAUAGCCACCCUUUGCCUUGAUGACAGCUUUGCACACUCUUGGCAUUCUCUCAACCAGCUUCAUGAGGUAGUCACCUGGAAUGCAUUUCAAUUAACAGGUGUGUUCUUCUUAAUGCGUUUGAGCCAAUCAGUUGUGUUGUGACAAGGUAGGGUUGGUAUACAGAAGAUAGCCCUAUUUGGUAAAAGACCAAGUCCAUAUUAUGGCAAGAACAGCUCAAAUAAGCAAAGAGAAAUGAUAGUCCAUCAUUACUUUAAGAUAUGAAGGUCAGUCAAUCUGGAAAACUUCAAGAACUUUGAAUGUUUCUUCAAGUGCAGUCGCAAAAACCAUCAAGCGCUAUGAUGAAACUGGCUCACAUGAGGACCGCCACAGGAAAGGAAGACCCAGAGUUACCUCUGCUGCAGAGGAUAAGUUCAUUAGAGUUACUUACCAGCCUCAGAUAUUUCAGCCCAAAUAAAUGCUUCACAGAGUUCAAGUAACAGACACAUCUCAACAUCAACUGUUCCGAGGGGACUGUGUGAAACAGGCCUUCAUGGUCGAAUUGCUGCAGAGAAACCACUACUAAAGGACACCAAUAAGAAGAAGAGACCUGCUUGGGCAAGGAACUCAAGCAAUGGACAUUAGACCGGUGGAAAUUUGUCCUUUGGUCUGGAGUCCAAAUUUGAGAUUUUUGGUUCCAACCGCCGUGUCUUUGUGAGACGCGAUGUGGGUAAACGGAUGAUCUCCGCAUGUGUAUUUCCCACCAUAAAGCAUGGAGGAGGAGGUGUUAUGGUGUGGGGGUGCUUUGCUGGUGACAUUGUCUGUGAUUUAUUUAGAAUUCAAGGCACACUUAACCAGCAUGGCUACCACAGCAUUCUGCAGCGAUACGCCAUCCCAUCUGGUUUGCGCUUAGUGGGACUAUCAUUUGUUUUUCAACAGGACAAUGACCCAACAUACAUCCAGGCUGUGUAAGGGCUGUUUGACCAAGAAGGAGAGUGAUGGAGUGCUGCAUCAGAUGACCUGGCCUCCACAAUCCCCCGACCUCAACCCAACUGAGAUGGUUUGGGAUGAGUCGGACGGCAGAGUGAAGGAAAAGCAGCCAACAAGUGCUCAGCAUAUGUGGGAACACCUUCAAGACUGUUGGAAAAGCAUUCCAGGUGAAGCUGGUUGAGAGAAUGCCAAGAGUGUACAAAGCUGUCAUCAAGGCAAAGGGUGGCUAUUUGAAGAAUCUCAAAUAUAAAAUAUAUUUUGAUUUGUUUAACACUUUUUUGGUUACUACAUGAUUCCAUAUGUGUAAUUUCAUAGUUUUGAUGUCUUCACUAUUAUUCUACAAUGUAAAGAAUAGUAAAAAUAAAGAAAAACCCUUGAAUGAGUAGGUGUGUCCAAACUUUUGACUGGUACUGUAUUUUAUUUGGAAACAUGUACUGUACUUUAUUAAGGAAAGAUGUACUUACUAUGACUGUGAAAUGUGGUUGUCUCACCUAUCUUAAGAUGAAUGCACUAACUGUAAGUUUCUCUGGAUAAGAGCAUCUCUCUUCUAAAUACAGUGGGGGAAAAAAGUAUUUAGUCAGCCACCAAUUGUGCAAGUUCUCCCACUUAAAAAGAUGAGAGAGGUCUGUAAUUUUCAUCAUAGGUACAGGUCAACUAUGACAGACAAAUUGAGCAUUUUUUUUCCAAAAAAUCACAUUGUAGGAUUUUUUAUGAAUUUAUUUGCAAAUUAUGGUGGAAAAUAAGUAUUUGGUCACCUACAAACAAGCAAGAUUUCUGGCUCUCACAGACCUGUAACUUCUUUUUUAAGAGGCUCCUCUGUCCUCCACUCGUUACCUGUAUUAAUGGCACCUGUUUGAACUUGUUAUCAGUAUAAAAGACACCUGUCCACAACCUCAAACAGUCACACUCCAAACUCCACUAUGGCCAAGACCAAAGAGCUGUCAAAGGACACCAGAAACAAAAUUGUAGACCUGCACCAGGCUGGGAAGACUGAAUCUGCAAUAGGUAAGCAGCUUGGUUUGAAGAAAUCAACUGUGGGAGCAAUUAUUAGGAAAUGGAAGACAUACAAGACCACUGAUAAUCUCCCUCGAUCUGGGGCUCCACGCAAGAUCUCACCCCGUUGGGGUCAAAAUGAUCACAAGAACGGUGAGCAAAAAUCCCAGAACCACACGGGGGGACCUAGUGAAUGACCUGCAGAGAGCUGGGACCAAAGUAACAAAGUCUACCAUCAGUAACACACUACGCCGCCAGGGACUCAAAUCCUGCAGUGCCAGACGUGUCCCCCUGCUUAAGCCAGUACAUGUCCAGGCCCGUCUGAAGUUUGCUAGAGUGCAUUUGGAUGAUCCAGAAGAGGAUUGGGAGAAUGUCAUAUGGUCAGAUGAAACCAAAAUAGAACUUUUUGGUAAAAACUCAACUCGUCGUGUUUGGAGGACAAAGAAUGCUGAGUUGCAUCCAAAGAACACCAUACCUACUGUGAAGCAUGGGGGUGGAAACAUCAUGCUUUGGGGCUGUUUUUCUGCAAAGGGACCAGGACGACUGAUCUGUGUAAAGGAAAGAAUGAAUGGGGCCAUGUAUCGUGAGAUUUUGAGUGAAAACCUCCUUCCAUCAGCAAGGGCAUUGAAUAUGAAACGUGGCUGGGUCUUUCAGCAUGACAAUGAUCCCAAACACACCGCCCAGGCAACGAAGGAGUGGCUUCGUAAGAAGCAUUUCAAGGUCCUGGAGUGGCCUAGCCAGUCUCCAGAUCUCAACCCCAUAGAAAAUCUUUGGAGGGAGUCGACAGCCCCAAAACAUCACUGCUCUAGAGGAGAUCUGCAUGGAGGAAUGGGCCAAAUACCAGCAACAGUGUGUGAAAACCUGUGAAGACUUACAGAAAACGUUUGACCUGUGUCAUUGCCAACAAAGGGUAUACAGUAAUCCCUCGUUUAUCGCGGGGGUUACGUUCCGAAAUGACCCGCGAUAAGUGAAAUCCGCGAAAUAGAAAACUUUUUUUUUUUUACAAUUAGCAACUAUUACAUGUAUACAAAUACAGUGACUCACGUGUAGGCCGUUUCGUCGACAUUAGGGUUUAGAAGAUGUUCGAAAUUACAAGAUAUUUGGCCAACUUAAUGUAAAUUUGCCAAGCUGUUUUAUGUACGUACACAUAACUGCACGAGACGACAAAAUGAUAGCACAAUUCGUAGCAUGUUUGAUACAAGAAGGGGAGUGAGUUUUAGCGAUCAGAAUGCAGAGCACAAUGCCCAAAAAUAAAAAAAUGCAUUAUGAAAAUCGCGAAAUAGCGAAUCCGCGAUAAGUGAACCGCGAAGUGGCGAGGGAUCACUGUAUAACAAAGUAUUGAGAAACUUUUGUUAUUGACCAAAUACUUAUUUUCCACCAUAAUUUGCAAAUAAAUUCAUUAAAAAUCCUACAAUGUGAUUUUCUGGAUUUUUUUUCCUAAUUUUGUCUGUCAUUGUUGAUGUGUACCUAUGAUGAAAAUUACAGGCCUCUCCCAUCUUUUUAAGUGGGAGAACUUGCACAAUUGGUGGCUGACUAAAUACUUAUUUUCCCCACUGUACGUGUGUGUGUGUGUGUGUGCGUGCGUGUGUUUGUGUGCGUGUGCAUGUGGCGCUUGCGUCCUGCCCUACAUAAAGAACAUCACUGCUCCCAGAACAGGUGGGAAAAGAAGGAAGGAACUAGGAGGGUGGAUGACAUUAGCUGUCUAGUAUAGUAUUUGUUCGGACAGGAACAUAGAGAAAAGAGAGGAGUUCUCCACUUCCCUACCAAGCUUGGCCCAGACAGACAGAACCUCAACUCAGUCUAGGUCACAGCUGUCAGUGUUUACGAGAUGGCUUUUAGACAGAAACUGUCCCGAUCUGGGAUAUUUCUUAACCUCUCUUCCUCUUCUGUUUUGCGUCUCCUAUUUUGUCUGAAAGCUUGACCAGUUUGGUCUAUUCAGAGGUAUUAAUCAGGAUCCUUCCACUACUAGCGAUUUGGCAGCGAUGGCCCCCUGGAUGUUGGAGUGUAGUGUAGGUCUGACCCCAUUUAGUCGAUUGUUUGGUCGAUAGGCUUUUGGUCGACCAAGAUUUCUUUAGUCGAGCAGUAGCAAAUAAAAAAAAAUGGUGUACAAGACACCGGAGUUAGGAGACGAGAAAACAGCCCUUGCCUUAAUUGUCUAAGAAAAGUGAGGAGAGAAGAAACCCCAACUUAAUUAGGUCUAUAAUCAAUAGCCUAACUGUUAAAUGUGCCUGGCUUUAUAAAUCAUCCAUAUACAGUGCAUUCGGAAAGUAUUCAGACCCGUUGACUUUUUCCACAUAAUUCUUACUCUACAGCCUUAUUCUAAAAUUGAUUAAAUCAUUUUUCAAUCGACACACAAUACACCAUAAGGACAAAGCGAAAACAGGUUUACAUUUUUUUUGUGCAAGACCCUUUGCUAUGAGACUCGAAAUUGCGCUCAGGUGCAUCCUGUUUCCAUUGAUCAUCCUUGAGAUGUUUCUACAACUUGAUUGGAGUCCACCUGUGGUAAAUUAAAUUUAUUGGAAAGGCAGACACCUGUCUAUAUAAGGUCCCACAGUUGACAGUGCAUGUCAGAGCAAAAACCAAGCCAUGAGGUCGAAGGAAUUGUCCGUAGAGAUCCGUGACAAGAUUGUGUCGAGGCACAGAUCUGGGGAACGGUAGCAAAACAUUUCUGCAGCAUUGAAGGUCCCCAAGAACACGGUGGCCUCCAUCAUUCUUAAAUGGAAGAAGUUUGGAACCACCAAGACUCUUCCUAGAGCUGGCCACCUGGCCAAACUGAGCAAUCGGGGGAGAAGGGCCUUGAUCAGGGAGGUGACCAAGAACCCAAUAGUCACUCUGACAGAGCUCCGGAGUUCCUCUGUGGAGAUGGGAGAACCUUCCAGAAGGACAACCAUCUCUGCAGCACUCCACCAAUCAGGCCUUUAUGGUAGAGUGGCCAGACGGAAGCCACUCCUCAGUAAAAGGCACAUGACAGCCCGCUUGGAGUUUGCCAAAAGGCACCUAAAGGACUCUCAGACCAUGAGAAACAAGAUUCUCUGGUCUGAUGAAACCAAGAUUGAACUCUUUGGCCUGAAUGCCAAGCGUCACGUCUGGAGGAAACCUGGCACCAUCUCUACGGUGAAGCAUGGUGGUGGCAGCAUCAUGCUGUGGGGAUGUUUUUCAGCGGCAGUGACUGGGAGACUAGUCAGGAUUGAGGGAAAGAUCAACGGAGCAAAGUACAGAGAGAUCCUUGAUGAAAACCUGCUCCAGAGCACCCAGGACCUCAGACUGAGGCGAAGGUUCACCUUCCAACAGGACAACAACCCUAAGCACACAGCCAAGACAACGCAGGAGUGGCUUCGGGACAAGUCUCUGAAUGUCCUUGAGUGGCCCAGGCAGAGCUCGGACUUGAACCUGAUCGAACAUCUCUGGAGAGACCUGAAAAUAGCUAUGCAGCAACGCUCCCUAUCCAACCUGACAGAGCUUGAGAGGAUCUGCAGAGAAGAAUGGGAGAAACUCCCCAAAUACCGGUGUGCCAAGCUUGUAGCGUCAUACCCAAGAAGACUCAAGGCUGUAAUCGCUGCCAAAGGUGCUUCAACAAAGUACUGAGUAAAGGGUCUGAAUACUUAUGUAAAUGUAAUAUUUCAGUGAUAAACCGGUUUUUGCUUUGUCAUUAUGGGGUAUUGUGUGUAGAUUGAUGAGGGAAAAAAACAAUUGAAUCAAUUUUAGAAUAAGGCUAUAACGUAACAAAAUGCGGAAAAAGUCAAGGGUUCUGAAUACUUUCCAAAUGCAAAUAAGACAGAUCCUGCUUCUGUUGCCUGUUUGAGUGUUUGUUUAAUAGCCUACUGAUCAUCAAGGCUCAAGCAACCACAACAUGUCGGAUAAACAAUUUCACAAAUUCUGCUGUUUUUUAUUUAUUUUAUGCUGUAAUAAAGGCUUUAUAUUUAUAAUAAUAACCCUAGUUUUUCCUUGAUCUCCUUCUUGUUAUUAUUACUGUUAUUAUUAUGAUCAUCAUUAUUAUAAUAAUAAGUAAUGUCAUUAUCAUUAGCAGGCUUAGUAUAGCAGCCUUGUAUAACCACCAUCGAGCUGCAGGCCUAAGAGCGCAUCCUGUUUAGUCUUAAUACUGUAACUUACUUAGGCCCAUAUUUCAAUACUUAUAUAGGCUACUGUAUCAAUCAAUGUAAUUGUUAAUGUCAUCAAACAGUAUAGGAGUCAUUCAUGAUAUGAAAUGCAAUCAAGCGUUUUAGUUUUAAAAUAAAAUAAGAAAGUGACCAUUGAAUAAUUAGCGUAAACAAUAAACAGGCCUAAACCGUUCCAUUUCGGAAAUUGCAUUCAUGAAUGAAUGUGACUGUUUUUAGUCUUUGCUGUAAUAAAGGCUUUACAAAAAAAAACGUUACAACAGACUCUCUGGUACGCUUAUAAUUUAUUCAGUGUUGUUUACAUUGUUCCAAACAGUCAGAAAGAUUAUGUUGUAAUCUAACAGAUACUGUUUGGUACACAUAAUAUGCAUGCAGUGCUUGCUCCUUACUUUCUUUUUCUUGAUCGCCAGUGUUUUCCACAACUAGUCAAAUGUAUUCCACACAUCUGACUUCCCCUUUGUUUCCUGAGCAACCAGUAAACAUUCCCCCGUUUCGAGUUUAUUUGUCACGUUCUCUACAUCCAUUUUGUUGUCACGUGUUACGGUGUUCAGAGUUUGUUAUUACCAAUUUAUUGAUGUGAUUAUGAUAUGCUAUAGGUCAGGCCCCAUUGGUCACGUGCAUGCCAUGCAUACAUAUGUCAUGUAAAGAGAGCAAGGGUUGAGGGAAUAGGGAAUGUUUUUCCUAAACAAAUGAGGACAUCCUGAUGAACCUUUUUUUUUUACCUAGCGCAGAAAGUCUGAGCCAGGCCCAGCACAUUCAAAUCAAUUGCGGUCAAACUCCGUCUAGUCAUUUGUGUUUCUUAAUUAUUUCAUCAAACAGUUUGCUUAAAGCAUCAGACAAACACAGUGCAUAUAGUUGAUUUUAUUAAAACACACAGCAUGUGUCUAUAUAUGGAAAAAUACCUGUUUUAAAAUGUUGACAAAUCGAUUGGUUGAAAGAACAGAUGACUCUUUUUUGUCGGAGACAGUGCUAAUGUAGUGCUAACAGAUCUAUCUAACCCCUAUUCCUGGCCUUUACCUCUCUUAUCCUCUGUUUCAGAAAUCACAGCACAGACCGAGUCGUGUGAGAUCCGGCAGGACUGGAAGCCUUCGUUCCUCAGUAAUGAGGAGUUCACCCAGUUGAUGCUGGAGGUAAAAUCAGUUUAGCACCACGUUAAUCUCCUCUGAUAUUAAAUAAAGCCAAAGGACAUCGUUCACUAGUACUGGAAGGAAUACUGUAUUUUGACAUCCUGAUUAACCUCUUUAGGCCAGCACCAGCAUGAUGCACCUCUGAAACAAAUGUAACACACAACAAUUAUAGUAGCCGGCAUAAUAAUAAUCACUUUGUUUUCCUUCCACAGGCUUUAGACGGUUUCCUCAUAGCACUAACUACAGAUGGAAACAUUAUAUAUGUGUCCGACAGCGUGUCUUCACUCAUUGGCCAUUUACCGGUAAGUGAGAGUCAGGCUGAUCUAGCUUGUAACAGCAUUAUGUCUUUGCACAUGGUUAUGAAAAAAAGUUUUGAUUCCAUUAUUGUCCUUUGUAACUUCAUAUUAAUGUAUAUAAGAAUAGCUGCACAGUAAACAAGGAUAUAGAUUCAAUCUUGCAACCACCAUGUUCCUGAUUAUAUCAUGCGUUAAACGUUAAGCUUCCACUUAUGAUCUCAAUACACUCAUUCAAAUCAAUGUAUACUUUAUUGCAAUUGGGACACUGACUAUGAUAUGUAAUACCGUACCUGAUAAUAUGACCGUGAUAUGACAUGUGCAUGAACAAUGAUGGGCCAUAGACACUGACGCUCCCACCUUUUAUCCUUUUGUAUCAGUCAGAUAUGGUGGACCAAAAUAUCUUGAACUUUCUCCCUGAGCAUGAGCAUGGGGAGGUCUAUAAGCUGCUAUCAUCCCACAUGCUGAUGACUGACCCCGUCUCUGCUGACUUCCUGGACAGUGAGUAUUUAGUCCUCCUCUUCACUCCCUCAGUACUGAACCCAUCUUUCCUCUUCACUCAGUACUGAACCCAUUUUCCUCUUCACUCCCUCAGUACUGAACCCAUAUUUCCUCUUCACUCCCUCAGUACUGAACCCAUCUUUCCUCUUCACUUCCUCAGGACUGAACCCAUCUUUUCUCUUCACUCCCUCAGUACUGAACCAUAUUUCCUCUUUACUCCCUCAGUACUGAACCCAUCUUUCCUUCUCAGUCAAUCAGUACUGGGUCCAUCUCCAGCCCUGGCACCACCAGGGAUGCUUAGCUUAGGAGAUGUCUGGAUAGAGAAGAUUAGUAAUGCUUUGUUUUUCUUAUUGGAAUUAUGUUGCAGAACAAGUAUUCAUAAGCAUUUGUACCAGCCUCCUAUUUUGUCCUGUACUAGUGCUUUGUUUUGCUUCAUUUAAUGCACUACAGCAAUGAACAGGGCUGUGGUGACCUUUUUAUUUCUUUUGAUGUUGGCUAUUUCACUUUUAUGAGCGAUAUCCCCAUGAAUUAUAUGAGCGAUAUCCCCAUGAAUUAUACAUCAAACCAUGCAGUGGCCCAGCAGUCACACGCCACAGCCUCCAAAACAAACAGUGAUUUUAUGCCAGCAGUGGGGAAAAUUCUUUUUGACAAAGUGUUAAAUCUGUCCUGUAGGCAUCCAUCCAGUUCUAUUGUAUUUACAUGACUAUUGCCUCUGUGUGUUAGGAAUUCACACUGUACUGUACUGAACCUCAGACCACCUCUGCUCUGCAGUCCUGAUACUGAACUGACCGUGAAUAUAGAGCAGGUUGCCGUGUUUGGCUCUGCCAGUUUAUUGGAUUGCUGGACAGUGUGGUCCUAUGAUUAGUCCUUUAGCUAAUAAUAGUAGUUAGCCUAGCAGCGUGGUUAGGAGUUUUAAUCACUGUAGCUUCAGUAAUCCUGUAUCUAGGGCUCGAGACACUGAGCUUAAUCCCAUGCUACAAUUGUGCUCUUCUGAGAAAGAGACUGAUGUGGAAUCAUCUAAGUCUAUGUUUAGAACUACAGGAAUACAAAGCAUAGAAAACUACUGUAGACGCUACUGUGUCUGGAAUAAUCAUUUUCUCCUAGCCUCAUUAACAGGCAAUUCCUGCAUUUAGCUUUCAUCUCCUUUCUUUCAUUAAAAAAAAUACUGCUUCUCCUGCUCAACACACGAAUUGCUUAGGAAGUCAGCGAUCUUCUUGGUUAAUUUGUUACUGUCAUUUCGUUGAAGUAUAGCAAUGGGAAUGUGUGUUGCUCUGAGUUGAGUGUUCAUCACUAAUACAUACAUUAUGUGCACUGCACUCCCACCUGAGGACAAAGGAGCUCUCAGGUCCUUAUGAACGUCUAGCUGCUCUUGGAUAAGUGAACUCAAUACUUGACUCAGAGCUUACGGUACCACAGAGGAAGCAUUUUAUUUAAUUGAAUCCAGGUAGAUAUGUGUAACAAUGGAGUGAUGAUAUCAUUCUUGGUUUAAUAAGGAACCUUUUUUCCUUUGCACUUUAAAUCCCAAAUGUGUGUGUCAUUCUGUACAGAUGUUUGCAAAUGUAUUAAAAAUACAAAUCUGAAAUAUCACAUUUGACAUAAGUAUUCAGACCCUUUACUCAGUACUUUGUUGAAGCACCUUUGGCAGCAAUUACAGCCUCAAGUCUUCUUGGGUAUGACUCUACAAGCUUGGCACACUUGUAUUUGGGGAGUUUCUCCCAUUCUUCUCAGCAGAUCCUCUCAAGCUAUGUCAGGUUGGAUGGGGAGCGUCGCUGCACAGCUAUUUUCAGGUCUCUCCAGAGAUGUUGGAUCGGGUUCAAGUCCGGGCUCUGGCUGCGCCACUCAAAGACAUUCAGAGACUUGUCCCAAAGCCACUCCUGCGUUGUCUUGGCUGUGUGCUUAAGGUCGUUGUACUGUUGGAAGGUGAACCUUCGCCCCAGUGUGAGGUCCUGGUUUUCAUCAAGGAUCUCUCUGUACUUUGCUCCGUUCAUAUUUCCCUUGAUCCUGACUAGUCUCCCAGUCCCUGCCGCUGAAAAACAUCCCCACAGCAUGAUGCUGCCACCACCAUGCUUCACCGUAGGGAUGGUGCCAGGUUUCCUUCAGACAUGAUGCUUGGCAUUCAGGCCAAAGAGUUUAAUCUUGGUUUCAUCAGACCAGAGAAUCUUGGUUCUCAUGGUCUGAGAGUACUUUAGGUGCCAUUUGGAAAACUCCAAGCGGGCUGUCAUGUGCCUUUUACUGAGGAGUGGCUUCCGUCUGGCCACUCUACCAUAAAGGCCUGAUUUGGUGGAGUGCUGCAGAGAUGGUUGUCCUUCUGCAAGGUUCUCCCAUCUCCACAGAGGAACUCUGGAGCUCUGUCAGGGUAACCAUCAGGUUCUUGGUCACCUCCCUGACCAAGGCCCUUCUCCCCCGAUUGCUCAGUUUGGCCGGGCGGCCAGCUCUAGGAAGAGUCUUGGUGGUCCCAAUCUUCUUCCAUUUAAGAAUGAUGGAGGCCACCGUGUUCUGGGUAAAAUACUUGCUGGGUAAAAGACUUGCUGGCACGAAGAUAGGCAUGAAUGAUCAGUUCCCGAGGGAGAUUGCAGAACGGCGCAAAGUUCUGUACCCAAUCUUCAAGUAGACUAGAUUAAAAGGGAAGUGUGUAGCUCUUGUAGUCGAUAAACUGUAUAUUGACAACCAAAUGUUCAGAGACACAAAGACUACUCCAUGGCUAUUCUAAAAAUUAUAAAGUUCUCAUAGAGGAGUCGAAUAAUGGAACACCCAAUACUAGCCAUGGUAGGGAUUGUAAUAAUAAAAAAAUAUAUAAAUAGAAAAGCAAUAAAAUAAAACAAUUGUUAAAUAAAUAUAGUACAACUACACUGUACCUUUCAAGAUAGGGAAUUAUGUAAAAUAAUUAGCAUCCCAGAGUCGCCUCUUCACUGUUGACGUUGAGACUGGUGUUUUGCGGGUACUAUUUAAUGAAGCUGCCCGUUGAGGACCUGUGAGGCGCCUGUUUCUCAAACUAGACACUCUAAUGUAUUUGUCCUCUUGCUCAGUUGUGCACCGGGCCUUCCACUCCUCUUUCUAUUCUGGUUAGAGCCAGUUUGCGCUGUUCUGUGAAGGGAGUAGUACACAGCGUUGUACGAGAUCUUCAGUUUCUUGGCAAUUUCUCGCAUGGAAUAGCCUUCAUUUCUCAGAACAAGAAUAGACUGACGAGUUUCAGAAGAAAGUGAUUUGUUUCUGGCCAUUUUGAGCCUGUAAUGGAACCCACAAUAGCUGAUGCUCCAGAUACUCAACUAGUCUCAAGAAGGGCAGUUUUAUUGCUUCUUUAAAUCAGCACAACAAAAUCAGCACAACAGUUUUAAGCUAUUCUAACAUAAUUGCAAAAGGGUUUUCUAAUGAUCAAUUAGCCUUUUAAAAUGAUAAACUUGGAUUAGAAAACACAACAUGCCAUUGGAACACAGGACUGAUGGUUGCUGAUAAUGGGCUUCUGUACGCCUAUGUAGAUAUUCCAUUAAAAAUCAGCCGUUUCCAGCUACAAUAGCCAUUUACAACAUGAACAAUGUCUACACUGUAUUUCUGAUCAAUUUGAUGUUAUUUUAAUGGACAAAAUAAUUGAUUUUCUUUCGAAAACAAGGACAUUUCUAAGUGACCCCAAACUUUUGAAUGAUGGUGUAUAUAGUAUGUAUAAGCUGGAGGUAGAGGCCUAAGCGUUGUUGUUCAGUUGUUUACUCCAAUUAGGGGAGGGGUGGUAGGGUUAGAAAGUAAUAAAGGAAAAUAUAUAUAAUUUUUAAAGGAUAUGUACAUGUAUUUAUAUGUGUAUGUUUAUAUGUAUACAUAUAUAUUUGUAAAAAAUAUAUGGGGGAUUGGAAGUGAUGCAGACAAUUACAUUGAUGGAAGCUACAAUCUAUUUGCAAUAUUAAAGCUGAUCUACCCCCUAAAAAAAUUUACAAAUAAAAAAAAUGUUUCUUCUGAAAAACAGUUUUCACUUUGUUAUUAUGGAGUAUUGUGUGUAAAUUGAUGAGGAAUUUUUUUUAUGUAAUCCAUUUUAGAUUAAGGCUGUAACGUAACAAAAUGUGGAGAAAGAAAUGUGGAGAAAGAAAUGUGGAGGAAAGGGUCUGAAUACUUUCCGAAUGCACUGUAUAUAUUAUAUUAUAACAAAUGUGUGUAUAUAUAUGUAUGUACAGUACCAGUCAAAAGUUUUACAACACCUACUCAUUCAAGGGUUUUUCUUUAUUUUUACUAUUUUCUACAUUGUAAAAUAAUAGUGAAGACAUCAAAACCUAUGAAAUAACACAUAUGGAAUCAUGUAGUAACCAAAAAAUAUUUUAUAUUUGAGAUUAUUCAAAGUAGCCACCCUUUGCCUUGAUGACAGCUUUGCAGACUCUUGGCAUUCUCUCAACCAGCUUCACCUGGAAUGCUUUUCCAACAUUCUUGAAGGAGUUCCCACAUAUGCUGAGCACUUGUUGGCUGCUUUUCCUUCACUCUGCGGUCAAACUAAUCCCAAACCAUCUCAAUUGGGUUGAGGUCGGGUGAUUGUGGAGGCCAGGUCAUCUGAUGAUGCAGCACUCCAUCACUCUCCUUCUUGGUCAAAUAGCCCUUACACAGCCUGGAGGUGUGUUGGGUCAUUAUCCUGUUGAAAAACAAAUGAUAGUCCCACUAAGCCCAAACCAGAUGGGAUGGCGUAUCGCUGCAGAAUGCUGUGGUAGCCAUGCUGGUUAAGUGUGCCUUGAAUUCUAAAUAAAUCACAGACAGUGUCACCAGCAAAGCACCCCCACACCAUCACACCUCCUCCUCCAUGCUUCACGGUGGGAACCACACAUGCAGAGAUCAUCUGUUCACCUACUCUGCGUCUCACAGAGACACAGCAGUUGGAACCAAAAAUCUCAAAUUUGGACUCAUCAGACCAAAGGACAGAUUUUCACCGGUCUAAUGUCCAUUGCUCGUGUUUCUUGGCCCAAGCAGGUCUCCUCUUUUUAUUGGUGUCCUUUAGUAGUGGUUUCUUUGCAGCAAUUAGACCAUGAAGGCCUGAUUCACGCAGUCUCCUCUGAACAGUUGAUGUUGAGAUGUGUCUGUUACUUGAACUCUGUGAAGCAUUUAUUUGGGCUGAAAUUUCUGAGGCUGGUAACUCUAAUGAACUUAUCCUCUGCAGCAGAGGUAACUCUGGGUCUUCCUUUCCUGUGGCGGUCCUCAUGAGAGCCAGUUUCAUCAUAGAGCUUGAGGGUUUUUGCGACUGCACUUAAAGAAACUUUCAAAGUUCUUGAAAUUUUCCGGAUUGACUGAUCUUCAUGUCUUAAAGUAACAAUGAACUGUCGUUUCUCUUUGCUUAUUUGAGCUGUUCUUGCCAUAAUAUGGACUUGGUCUUUUACCAAAUAGGGCUAUCUUCUGUAAACCAACUGAUUGGCUCAAACACAUUAAGAAGGAAAGAAAUUCCACAAAUUAACUUUUAACAAGGCACACCUGUUAAUUGAAAUGCAUUCCAGGUGACUACCUCAUGAAGCUGGUUGAGAGAAUGCCAAGAGUGUGCAAAGCUGUCAUCAAGGCAAAGGGUGGCUACUUUAAAGAAUCUCAAAUAUAAAAUAUAUUUUGAUUUGUAUAACACUUUUUUGGUUACUACAUGAUUCCAUAUGUGUUAUUUCAUAGUUUUGAUGUCUUCACUAUUAUUCUACAAUGUAGAAAAUAGUCUAAAUAAAGAAAAACCCUUGAAUGAGUAGGUGUGUCCAAACUUUUGGCUGGUACACUCUAUAUAUAUAUAUAUAUAUAUAUCAGUUUGAAUGGCACAGGGCCACUGGUAUUCCCAGCCUCCUGACAAUGCCACAAUGCUCUAUUUUUAGUCUACUGAAGAGCAACACAUUGGCUUUGGAGGCUUAGUAGAACAUUAACACAGUGAGUCCCCUCAGUGUGUACAGUAUGUCUGAGCUAGUGCUCUGACAUAAGUCAGUGGAGGCAUUCUCUUGAGCAAAGGUAACCCGUUUAAACGGAACCGUGGACUCUGUAGAAAAUGGUAUGACUGUAUUCAGACAUUCUGUGUUACUGUGACAUUGUGUCUGGAUGAGGAGUAUUUAGAACAUCAUCAGUGCACAGUUUUAGUGUUUCGAUGGCACAGUUACAUACUCCCCCGCAUCCUCUCCCCCCGCUGGUCUCAUUCCCCUGCCAAGUGAAGCCUCGUCUGUAUGAACAACACUGCUGAGCCGUCCCAUGACAACUGAGACAAACUAUGUUUGGUUCAAUGCCAUUUACUGGGAGCAGUGUGCUGAUUUUCAGCCAUGAGAGAAAGGCCAAAAUGUCUGAGCGGUCAGCAGUUGUGAGGAGCAGAAGUUGUAAUGGCAAAAUAAUUAUUGUCAUCAUUCUUUUCACUGAGAUUUACCAACUCUGUCAGAGUUUCAUCCAAGGCUCUCACAUAAACUAUUUUCAAAUAGGUUGAUAUUUUAUCAUGUUGUACCAUGAAGACUUCAAGAUGAUUUAUAUUAGAAAGAAGAGCCAAUAGAGUAUCUGUAAAUACACACUGUAAAUGGGUUAUUCGCUUUUGCAGUAAAUAUUUUUCUCACUUUAUUUUUCUUCAUGAUGAUGGAAAAAGCAUUGUGUUUUGUUGAGGACACUCCACCUAACUCCCAUUUGGUAUUUUUUACAGGUAAGACACACAUUGAGUUCUGCUGUCAUUUAGCCAGAGGAAACAUCGACCCAAAGGAACCCCCUACAUAUGAGUAUGUGAAAUUUGUAGGAGAUUUCAAGUUUCAUAACAAUGGUGAGUGUUCUGUUUUUCUACCCCCAGCUCACUUGACAUUUUAAAGUUGUGCAAUACUUUGCAAUGUUUUAGUUCCCAAAUCUUUGUUUCCUUGACAUACUCGCAUAACAACAGAAAUUACUUUCUCUUUCAACUGCCAGCACUAUUGUUCUAUUAUCAUAUGUAUUUUAUGUGCCAUUUCAUCUACAGCUGCUGACCGAGCUACAACCUGAUGAAUGGGCAGUAAACCAUCUAGUUAUAUUUAUAAGGCCAACCUCUGCAUUCUAUUGAGUAUUAGAAUGAAGAUGUUAUGUCAUGAAAACUUACUCAAAACAUGAAACAGACAGACAAUCAAAGAGGUUAUAUAACCGUUUCAGAACUGCAUAUCUCAUUGUGGAUCACUAUUCAAAUACCUGGCUAAUUGACUGGAAAAUUAGACGUAUGAGGAAAUGUUUCCCUCUCAUCUGAAAUUACACUUCUGACUUUUUGAUAUUUCCAUACUCAUUUAAAGUUUUGGACUUCCAGUCGUUUGAAUAGCAUAAUGCCGUAGUAUGUUCACCAGAGUGUGGUGAGAUGGAAAGGUUAUGUAAAGGUAUUUGGCACUCGUAGAAUAACUCCAGUCACAGCUAAUCAAAUAUGUAUUGCCUGAUUUGCCAUUACCCCCGACCCACAGCUGGGGAUCACUAUUGCAGUCUUCAGGGGCCACAGUCCUGCUGAUUUUCCUUUCUCAAAUGAGUGUGUGAUUAAAGGGGCAAUGACAAAACCCCCAGCGCACACUGCUGUGGCUGGGAAACACAGUUGGACUUUGAUUCACAGCUCCUACGUCCUCUUGUAACAUAUAUACCUGUUUGGGGUUGAUGAUAAUCAUUCCUAGUGACUAUACUAUACUGUUGUAAUGCACCAAAUGGAUUGUUGCUGUUGAUUUAUACUUGCUAUGCCAACAUCCAUCCUCUGGGGAGGUAUUUGAGUGACUGUUGUUUCUGACUCGUAGUGCCUACAUCCUCUUGUAACGGAUUUGAGUUGACAUUACCAAGAACCCUGCAGUCAUCACUGGAAGAGCAGGUCUGCCUUGUUGCCACUGUACGAUUAGUCACUCCGCAGUUUUUAAAGGUAAGAUCAUGUUUAUUUUGCUAAAUCUUUGCUGAUUCCAUUUGACGACAUACAGAUGUUUUAUGUAUGUGGAUAUUAAUUUAUAAAGAACAGUGAAAAAGUGUUGAAAAGGAAGAAGAAAAUAAUAUAUUUAGAAAAUCUUUUUAAGGCCUGUCUUAGUUUUUUUUGCAUUGUGAAUCUUCAUAUUAUUCUUUUGCCAUUUGUUAUUUACCAGACCUUGGAAUAAUUAUAUUUGACAUUUUGGUAAAAGAAAUUAGUUAUUCACAUAGUUGCUCUUUAGAUGAUCCUUCACAUGUGGAAUACAUACAUUGUAUUGUACUGUACAGCCUCCCCUUGAGAAACCAAAGCGGUCUAACAGGAGCUCAAACAGGUAUGCCUACAUAAUAUAAGCACUUGGUCCCCAGGACCAUACAAUUACCCAAUUGGCAAUUACAACUAAUUAACUGGUUCUACCAUUUAAAAGGCAAUUUCCACAUCCAUUGUUACAUUCGUCUUAAUCAGACUUAAUGAUUAUUAAUGAUAUUUCAACACCAUGCAUACAUGGAACAAUACUGUUCUCUUAUUCAACGUUCUGACUCCAAAGCGUGGAGCGCAGGUCACGUAGCCUAUUUCUAUGUGCACUGAGGCGCUUGCCCUGAUAUUAAGCACAACCAGAAUGACAGAGACAUAGGACACAGACACACGGAACUCCGACAUAACCUGGGCAAUAUGAACAAAGGAAACCAUAUAUUUAAUUAAAUAAACAGACCUUCGACCUCAUGAGUUGUGAACAUUCAUGUGCACAAUAAAAAUCGAGCCCACUCAGAGGGUAAUAAAUGGUUGGCUAAAUGAAAAUAUAUCGUAGGCCUAUCAAACAUGUAACAGAAAUGUCUAUGUGUUGCAAUAAACGGUACGGGGAUGGAAUGAUGAAACGCUAGUAAUUAUUGUAGUAAUAGAUGGAAUAUAGAUUUACCACAUAAGGCCUAUGCAUUUAAACAUGUGAAAGCAAGAGCAAACAUUUCAACAAGAGAAAAAAAGUACUCUCUACUGGCGGGUGUUUGGAGAGCGCAAGUGAAGAGCCACGCCUAUGGUGCAUCUUCUCCAUAGUAAUAAUGAAUUUUAAACAAAUUCCAAAUGCAAGCUUCAUAAGUAAAUGAUCAAUUUCAAGCAAUUGUUACAUACAAAAAUAGCGGUAGGCCUAUGCUAGUAAUUGAUGCCCCAUUGCUUGCAAAGUAAACAGUUAAUAUUCUUGAUCACUAAACAAUUUUUUGAGCUGCAUAUUUAUUUAUUAUGGCAAUCCUCUCUUCCGAUAAUUUGACAAAAUCACUAUUUUAGUAGUUCCUCAAUGUAAAUAAGGCAUACUUUUAUGAUUGCUGAAUACCAACUAUCAAUCACUUAGAUCAUGUUUUUAAAGGCUCGCGAAGCAACUGCUUUCUAUCCCUCUCGAUCGCCCGUUCUCUCUUCUCUUAGUCUUCAUGUCUGCUCUGCACAGACCGGACAAAUGUAAGCGGGUGCGUAAUGGAUUAUGUGCAUAUGUAGAAUAUUGGCCUGUUGGAAACUACAACUCCCUAAUACAUCGCACAGUUCAGGCCUCAUCUGAUUUAUCUCUACAGAAACUGCACAUAGAGCUCACAACGAAAUGGAAUUCAAAUAAUUAAACCGACGUAGGUCAAUUAGUUGUUUAAAAAACAAAAAAUAACCAACAUUUCGGUUAAUCGCUCAGCACUUUCGCAGAUAAAACCUUUUGAUUUCAAGUCCUUGAUUAUUCAAAUCAUAGGUUAUGGCAUUCUUUUGCAAUUAUUUCGUUUUUUUGUGCAAUUUUUGCAGAAGAAUGGCCAAAAUAUCUGCUCUUUAUGGCAAAAAAAUAAUAAAUAAAUACAGGUACCUUGGAGCAUGUUUAAGGCUUACUGGUGAGGCAUACUGUGCCUUCAGACAGUAAUCAUACCCCUUGACUUAAUCCACAUUAUGUUGUGUUACAGCCUAAAUUCAAACCCAUCUACACACAAUACCCCAUAAUGACAAAGUGAAAACAUGUUUUUAGAAAUGUUUGCUAAUUUAUUGAAAAUGAAAUACAGAAAUCUUGAUUACAUAAUUAUUCACACCCUGAGUCAAUACAUGUUAGAAUCACCAACUUGACAGAGUUUGAAGAUUUGUUUUAAGAAUAAUGAGCAAAUAUUGUGCAAUCCAGGUGUGCAAAGCUCAUAGAGACUUACCCAGAAAGACUCACAGCUGUAAUCGCUGCCAAAGGCGAUAACAUAUAUUGACUCAGGGGGUUGAAUACUUAUCUAAUCAAGAUACAGUGGGGAGAACAAGUAUUUGAUACACUGCCGAUUUUGCAGGUUUUCCUACUUACAAAGCAUUUAGAGGUCUGUAAUUUUUAUCAUAGGAACACUUCAACUGUGAGAGACGGAAUCUAAAACAAAAAUCCAGAAAAUCACAGUGUAUGAUUUUUAAGUAAUUAAUUUGCAUUUUAUUGCAUGACAUAAGUAUUUGAUACAUCAGAAAAGCAGAACUUAAUAUUUGGUUCAGAAACCUUUGUUUGCAAUUACAGAGAUCAUACGUUUCCUGUAGGUCUUGACCAGGUUUGCACACACUGCAGCAGGGAUUUUGGCCCACUCCUCCAUACAGACCUUCUCCAGAUCCUUCAGGUUUCGGGGCUGUCGCUGGGCAAUACGGACUUUCAGCUCCCUCCAAAGAUUUUCUAUUGGGUUCAGGUCUGGAGACUGGCUAGGCCACUCCAGGACCUUGAGAUGCUUCUUACGGAGCCACUCCUUAGUUGCCCUGGCUGUGUGUUUCGGGUCAUUGUCAUGCUGGAAGACCCAGCCACGACCCGUCUUCAAUGCUCUUACUGAGGGAAGGAGGAUGUUGGCCAAGAUCUCGCGAUACAUGGCCCCAUCCAUCCUCCCCUCAAUACGGUGCAGUCGUCCUGUCCCCUUUGCAGAAAAGCAUCCCCAAAGAAUGAUGUUUCCACCUCCAUGCUUCACGGUUGGGAUGGUGUUCUUGGGGUUGUACUCAUCCUUCUUCCUCCAAACACGGCGAGUGGAGUUUAGAUCAAAAAGCUCUAUUUUUGUCUCAUCAGACCACAUGACCUUCUCCCAUUCCUCCUCUGGAUCCUCCAGAUGGUCAUUGGCAAACUUCAGACGGGCCUGGACAUGCGCUGGCUUGAGCAGGGGGACCUUGCGUGCGCUGCAGGAUUUUAAUCCAUGACGGCGUAGUGUGUUACUAAUGGUUUUCUUUGAGACUGUGGUCCCAGCUCUCUUCAGGUCAUUGACCAGGUCCUGCCGUGUAGUUCUGGGCUGAUCCCUCACCUUCCUCAUGAUCAUUGAUGCCCCACGAGGUGAGAUCUUGCAUGGAGCCCCAGACCGAGGGUGAUUGACUGUCAUUUUGAACUUCUUCCAUUUUCUAAUAAUUGCGCCAACAGUUGUGCCUUCUCACCAAGCUGCUUGCCUAUUGUCCUGUAGCCCAUCCCAGCCUUGUGCAGGUCUACAAUUUUAUCCCUGAUGUCCUUACACAGCUCUCUGGUCUUGGCCAUUGUGGAGAGGUUGGAGUCUGUUUGAUUGAGUGUGUGGACAGGUGUCUUUUAUACAGGUAACAAGUUCAAACAGGUGCAGUUAAUACAGGUAAUGAGUGGAGAACAGGAGGACUUCUUAAAGAAAAACUAACAGGUCUGUAAGAGCCGGAAUUCUUACUGGUUGGUAGGUGAUCAAAUACUUAUGUCAUGCAAUAAAAUGCAAAUUAAUUACUUAAAAAUCAUACAAUGUGAUUUUCUGGAUUUUUGUUUUAGAUUCCGUCUCUCACAGUUGAAGUGUACCUAUGAUAAAAAUUACAGACCUCUACAUGCUUUGUAAGUAGGAAAACCUGCAAAAUCGGCAGUGUAUCAAAUACUUGUUCUCCCCACUGUAUAUUAGUGUUUUAUUUUCCAAUAUUUUUUAAAAUUCUUUUUUUUUUACAGAAAAUCCAUUUUAAUACCACUUUGUAACAAAAUAAAAUGUGGAAAAAGUCAAGGGGUGUGUACUUUCUGAAAGCACUGUAGGGUAGUUGUCAUUUCAGUGAACUAUUGCUUUAAAAUCAAAUCAAAUCAAAUUGUAUUGGUCACAUACAUAUUUAGCAGAUGUUAUUGCGGGUGUAGCGAAAUGCUUGUGUUCCUAGCUCCAACAGUAAAAUAGUAUCUAACAAUUCACAACAAUACACACAAAUCAAAAAGUAAAAUAAUAGAAUGAAGAAAUAUAUAAAUAUUAGGACGAGCAAUGUCGGAGUGGCAUUGACUAAAAUACAGUAGAAUAGAAUAUAGUAUAUACAGUGGGGAAAAAAAGUAUUUAGUCAGCCACCAAUUGUGCAAGUUCUCCCACUUAAAAAGAUGAGAGAGGCCUGUAAUUUCCAUCAUAGGUACACGUCAACUAUGACAGACAAAUUGAGGAAAAAAAUCCAGAAAAUCACAUUGUAGGAUUUUUAAUGAAUUUAUUUGCAAAUUAUGGUGGAAAAUAAGUAUUUGGUCACCUACAAACAAGCAAGAUUUCUGGCUCUCACAGACCUGUAACUUCUUCUUUAAGAGGCUCCUCUGUCCUCCACUCGUUACCUGUAUUAAUGGCACCUGUUUGAACUUAUCAGUAUAAAAGACACCUGUCCACAACCUCAAACAGUCACACUCCAAACUCCACUAUGGCCAAGACCAAAGAGCUGUCAAAGGACACCAGAAACAAAAUUGUAGACCUGCACCAGGCUGGGAAGACUGAAUCUGCAAUAGGUAAGCAGCUUGGUUUGAAGAAAUCAACUGUGGGAGCAAUUAUUAGGAAAUGGAAGACAUACAAGACCACUGAUAAUCUCCCUCGAUCUGGGGCUCCACGCAAGAUCUCACCCCGUGGGGUCAAAAUGAUCACAAGAACGGUGAGCAAAAAUCCCAGAACCAUACGGGGGGACCUAGUGAAUGACCUGCAGAGAGCUGGGACCAAAGUAACAAAGCCUACCAUCAGUAGCACACUACACCGCCAGGGACUCAAAUCCUGCAGUGCCAGACGUGUCCCCCUGCUUAAGACAGUACAUGUCCAGGCCCGUCUGAAGUUUGCUAGAGUGCAUUUGGAUGAUCCAGAAGAGGAUUGGGAGAAUGUCAUAUGGUCAGAUGAAACCAAAAUAGAACUUUUUGGUAAAAACUCAACUCGUCGUGUUUGGAGGACAAAGAAUGCUGAGUUGCAUCCAAAGAACACCAUACCUACAGUGAAGCAUGGGGGUGGAAACAUCAUGCUUUGGGGCUGUUUUUCUGCAAAGGGACCAGGACGACUGAUCCGUGUAAAGGAAAGAAUGAAUGGGGCCAUGUAUCGUGAGAUUUUGAGUGAAAACCUCCUUCCAUCAGCAAGGGCAUUGAAGAUGAAAUGUGGCUGGGUCUUUCAGCAUGACAAUGAUCCCAAACACACCGCCCGGGCAACCAAGGAAUGGCAUCGUAAGAAGCAUUUCAAGGUCCUGGAGUGGCCUAGCCAGUCUCCAGAUCUCAACCCCAUAGAAAAUAUUUGGAGGGAGUUGAAAGUCCGUGUUGCCCAGCGACAGCCCCAAAACAUCACUGCUCUAGAGGAGAUCUGCAUGGAGGAAUGGGCCAAAAUACCAGCAACAGUGUGUGAAAACCUUGUGAAGACUUACAGAAAACGUUUGACCUGUGUCAUUGCCAACAAAGGGUAUAUAACAAAGUAUUGAGAAACUUUUGUUAUUGACCAAAUACUUAUUUUCCACCAUAAUUUGCAAAUAAAUUCAUUAAAAAUCCUACAAUGUGAUUUUCUGGAAUUUUUUUCCUCAUUUUGUCUGUCAUAGUUGACGUGUACCUAUGAUGAAAAUUACAUGCCUCUCUCAUCUUUUUAAGUGGGAGAACUUGCACAAUUGGUGGCUGACUAAAUACUUUUUUUCCCCACUGUACAUAUAUGAAAUGAGUAAAGCAGUAUGUAAACAUUAUUAAAGUGACUAGUGUUCCAUUAUUAAAGUGACCAGUGAUUCCAUGUCUAAGGUGCAGGGUUAACAAUCUGAUGGCCUUGAGAUAGAAGCUGUUUUUCAGUGUCUCGUCCCAGCUUUGAUACAAGGACAAGUGUUUGGUGAUUAUGAAUUGAUGUUGAAUAUGGAUUGAUGUAUUUCAUGAUGUGGUUUGAAGAAAGGAAGGCUAUUCUGUUCAUUUAAUCAUUAAAUGGCUUUACUUUUCUAUUAACAUUGAAAUAAUCGUAUCAUUAAGUGCCAGAAAUAACCUUUUUACGCAACACAGAUCCACUUUUGAGACUUACAAGGUUACAAUUACAACACCCCCCUAAAAAACAAAUUUACAAAACUCCCAGGAUUUUGAUACUCACUUUAAGUACCUUUAAGGUGAGGGACUUGAUUAGUUAUGAACGAGGAAUUCACUACAAAACAGUUCUGAGAUAUGACGUGAAAACUUUGACGCUCAAUAACUCAGAUCUAGACUUAUCGUAGAUAGAACCAAGGUCACAAUAGGUUUUAUAGGAUUAAAGGAUUGGCUCUAGUGCCUUAUGUAUUUUUGUUACUUUUACCAGGAUUUGUGUAAUGUGGAAGAUCCCUGUGAUGAAUUCACAUCCAGACACAGCCUUGAAUGGAAGUUCCUGUUCUUAGAUCACAGGUAAGAGGAGCUAAGAAACAUGUACAUUUUGUCCUCCAUCUGUUAUCAGUCUUUAAUUUAGUAGUUUCAUAGCCUGAUGGAAAGCUACACUAUCAUCGGUGCCCAUCAACUGACAUCCUCUGGGCUGCACAUCUUUAGCGCUACAGUAACACAUAGAUUUAAGAGGACAACUGCUGUUCUCUCCUGUCCCUAUCUUGGACAGUAACAUGAUAUUGUUGUUUGUAAACUAUGUCUACUGGCAUGCCAUACUGCCCCGCUGUGUCCCUUGGUUAUGUUCCAUCUGAUUGGCUUUGGGUGAUCAGGCUCAGUGAUCAGCAGACUGCUGGUGCUAGUGGCGUGACUGACUGAUUGUGCUAGUUUCCACUGUGUGGCCUGGCGUCCUCACUAAGUAAGGCAUUUAAAUCUGCUGCCAUGCCCUGGAUUGUGAGAGUGAGCCACAAGAUUAGUCUGCAACGUCAGAAGUGAUAAAGGACCAGUGAGAAACAGCCCAGACUGCUACAUUCUAUCAUUCAUGACACCAGAGGUGCAGUAUCAAAUCAAAUCAAUUAGCACCUGCUAAUCAAACACCCUUGUGAAUUCAGAGCAUGGAGGAUGGCAACCUCCCCGAGACUAUUAGAUAACUGUGCGAAGAAGGUAAAACCAAGGGAGGAAAUUGCACGUCCUGUUCUCUGCUGAGCCAUAAUUGGACAUUCACAGCUCCUUGCCAAACUGCUGUGCUCUGCGCUGGGUCUCAAGAAUGGCUCCCUCUAUAAUGUGACCUGCAUGCCAUUCUGAAUUUGGCUUAUGGGGGCCUAGGCUAAGUGGAUUUAACUGAGCAUUGAUGAAUGAAAUGCACCAAGUGAGCCAAAAUCAUGUCAUAAUCAUAGCUGUGAUUAUAUGACAUUGCCAUGUUUACACAUUUUUGAGGCAUUAGCAACAUCACACUCGCUCAGCCCUAGCCUAUUUAGAGAGGUGAUAUUCUGUCAAUGUGUCAUAACUGUAUGGAUCAUAUGAAGUUCUAUUGCCCUGUGUGCUUGAGGCAAUACAGACUUAGGUUUAAUUAAUCAUAAUUUUUAUGCAUUUUUCAAUGUACUUGUCAAGGUAAUUAUGGCAUUAUCAAUCAAGUUAUUCUCUCCAGGCUGCAAAAUAGUACAUUCCGACAAAAUAAAUAGUUAAUGUCCCAGUUUAACCAGUCUGUUGUUGUUAUAAAACAUAGUUGUCUAAUAUUUUGAUUAUUCUCUCUUUCCAGAGCUUCACCAAUCAUCGGCUACUUGCCCUUUGAGGUUCUUGGAACGUCUGGCUAUGAUUACUAUCAUGUGGAUGACUUGGAGCUUAUAGCGCAGUGUCAUAAGCAAUGUAAGCAACUCUCUCCACCAUCUCUUUCAUCCCCCCUCCCCUCCCCUCCCCUACCCUCUCCCUCUCUCCCGCUCUCUCACUACCACAGGAUCCAGGCAGUCAUUUCACAAAAAUAGGUCAUCCCGCUGUAGUUACAUUUCUAUUUCCACUUCACCAAUGUGCAUAAAAAGCCUGGACCUAUGAGACUUCUUAGAGCUUGGUACCUCUACCCUGAUGUUUUAGGAUUUCGGGAACAAGGGCAGUGUAGUGAUUUGUGUAUGCCUGACUGCUCUGUUGAAAAUAUCCAUGUGUUGUUUUGUCUUUACAGUAAUGCAGUUUGGGAAGGGUAAAUCCUGCUACUAUCGGUUUCUGACCAAGGGUCAGCAGUGGAUCUGGCUCCAGACACACUACUACAUUACAUACCACCAGUGGAACUCCAAGCCAGAGUUCAUAGUGUGCACUCACACAGUCGUCAGGUAAACCUAAUUCCUCUGUCUCUCUCUGUCAUGUUUGGUAAAGUAUACUCUGACGCUACCCCCCUAGAGUUCAACAGGAUCAGUCUAUUGUAGACCUAUUGAACCUGAUCUACUGCAUUAGGGGUCUGUGGUAUCUGUCUGUCAUUAGAUAUUGUAAAUUGAGGAUGAAUAUCUGAACGUCUUGAAGAACGAUCUGGCCUUAAUGGCCAUGUACUCUUAUCUCCACCAAGCACAGCCAGAAGAGGACUGGCCACCCCUCAGAGCCUGGUUCCUCUCUAGGUUUCUUCCUAGAUUCCAGCCUUUCUAGGGAGUUUUUCCUAGCCACUGUGCUUCUGCAUCUGCAUUGCUUGCUCUUUGGGGUUUUAGGCUGGGUGUCUGUAAAAAGUGCUUUAUAAAACAAAUUUGAUUGAUUGAUAGAUAGAUAGGAAAGCUAGGCUUAUGGGCAAAUAAUUUGACAUUUGAUCUUUCUUUCUAUCACACUCUGUCACGGACUUGUAGUUAUGCGGAGGUGCGAGCGGAGAGGAGGAGAGAGUUUGGCUUGGAGGAGACGUCACCUGAGAUGGCCACUUCGUCCUCCAUAAAGGUAUGAAGAAGAGACACUGGGAUCAAAUAUAAAUAAUGAAUCAUAAAGAAUGUUACAAUAACAUCCUGUAUUCAAGUUUCAUAAUGCACAGCCAUUUUACCAGGUCCAAUUGUUACAAUCAUGUACAGUAGUGCUCUACUUCCCAAUCCUGUGUCAGUGUUCAGAACUGAGUGGGAUGGUGAAAUGCCAUGCAACUACGGCGCUUUCCAGUGUCAGCCAUUGUUGUGUGUAUUCUGAGUGGGUAAAAGCAAAUAUGUCCCAGAUCUUAUUGGCACUGUCAGUACUUGAUGCUCCUCUGUCUAUCCUGUGUUCCAGGCUCAGGAGGUGUCCCUGGACAUCUGUCCCAAUCUGGACCCUCCCGGACGGGACAGGAUGAGCGGGGCACGCUCAGUGUCCUCCCACAGCUCCCGGAAAUCCUCCCACACGGCCCUGUCCGACUCGGCAUGUGAGUCCCCCUGCUGCUCUCUUUGUCCAGCUAACCCAAAUACUGAAUUUGUCAGUUUAGACUUAAACCCUGUACCAUACAACACCACUCUCACCAUAAUCCAAACUCUGUACCACCAUACACUCACUUACUGUAUACUAUUUUGGAUUUAGAUGGUUAAUUAGGAAGUAUGCAUAACCUUCUACCUAUUGAAUCAUUUUCCCCACCAGCCAACUCGUCUUUGCGGUUCACAGACGCUUGCACACCAUCACGGCAGUCUGCAUCCAUCGCAGGGACAGAGAAGAAUUCGUCCAGACUCGUACCCAGUAGUGCAAAGGUCAGUUCACCUCAUUAUGAACUAGCCAGUGGAAAAACCAAUAUCUGUAGAAAAACAUUAGCCUGGAAUCCUGCUCAACUCACCAUCUCUGUUUUUGUUGUCCUUCUCCUUAUAGAAUUUGAUACAGAGGCAAAACUCUUUUGACCUCCUUCCCCAACUGAGCCUCCCCCUUUCUCCUACCUGCAGCCAGCACUCCGCAAUGGUUGGUAUUUAGUCUAAUCUCUCCUGUCUGUCUGUCUCCUGCCUGCUCACUGUUUGUGUAGUAGUCUACCAGAAUUAUGACAGCUUGCUCUUGUCUGUUGGUUUAUAUCCUUAUAUCCUCUUUCAUUUGUGUGAAAUGCCUCCACUCCUACUUGAUUUUAGACCACAGCAAUGUAAUUUGGGAUGAUCAUAUUAUAGAUGCAAAUGUAGAUGACGAUUAUAUUCUAGAUGUAAAACUACUAUUCUCAAGUAUGUUUAAAUAGUCUCAUGAUGAUCACUUCACCUCAUGUUAAAUGAGGCCCACUAAAAGCAUCUCCUACAUCUGCAUGAAAACAAGAAGAGCUGGAAGUGCUAAUCAAGCUAUAUGAUUGUGGAGAUGAUUUCUGUGGACCUCAAGUGCUCGAGUGCUGUAUCGAGUGCUGUAUUUCUGAACUACUGCAGAGCCCUCCUUGGCUCUGAAAAUGUGUGUAGGCAGCUGUGAAGGCUUGUGCCAGAGCAUGGCCCAUGCAUGGUACUGUGAUGUGAACCGCCUUUAUCAUGAUGGCUGUGUAUCCUAUUCUUUCAAUCGCAGCAACAACAACAACAACAGCAGCAGCAGUCCAUGUACCAACAGCAGCCCCAAGAGCCUCAGCUAGGUGUGAUGAACCAGCUCAAGGACCAGCUGGAGGAGAGGACACGCAUCCUGCAGAUGGACAUCAAGACUCAGCAGCAGGAGCUGCAUGACAUCAAGGAGAAGCUUCAGCUGGCUAACCUCCAGGUAACCCUGCUUACCGCUAGUCAGACGCCCUGCCUAAAGCAAUCCCUUAAACUCUGUCCUCUGUUUUUUGCCCUAACACUACACAGCUGAUUCAAAUAAUCAACUCAUCAUCAAGCUUUUAUAAUUUGUUAUGGCAAAAACCAAAUGCACCCCUUGGGAUCCUGAGGACCGAGUUUGGGAAAUGUCCUAAGCCAAUUGUCAUAGAGUGGAUACAGUAGCAAAGCCCUCCUGUGUUUGUCUGUGUAGAUGUUGUUACAGCAGCCCAUCCACAGUGACUUUGGCCAGGUCCAACAGCAGCAGCCCCUGCAGCAGGGUCCAGGGAGGCCGGUCCAGCAGCAGCCCCAGUCUGGGGUGAUCAGGCAGGCCUCGGGCCACUCCAAACAGCCUCUCCAUGGAGCCCACGACUCGUCCCCUCACUCUCUCCUCAGAGAGCACAGCACACCCUCCCCUCAGGUACCCCAGCUCUCUCUCUGUACUCUUAUCCCAAUAUAUUUAGACUUUUACUUUGUAUAGAGUUAGCAGGGAAAUAAUCAGUUAAAAUAUACAAUUGAAGUCGGAAGUUUACAUACACCUUAGCCAAAUACAUUUAAACCACCACUUUAUUUUAAGAAUGUGAAAUGUCAGAAUAAUAGUAUUAUUUCAGCUUUUAUUUCUUUCAUCACAUUCCCAGUGGGUCAGAAGUUUACAUACACGCAAUUAGUAUUUGGUAGCAUUGCCUUUAAAUUGUUUAACUUGGGUCAAACGUUUCAGGUAGCCUUCCACAAGCUUCCCACAAUAAGUUGGGUGAAUUUUGGCCCAUUCCUCCUGACAGAGCUGGUGUAACUGAGUCAGGUUUGUAGGCCUCCUUGCUCGCACACGCCUUUUCAGUUCUGCUGAAUUUUCUAUAGGAUUGAGGUCAGGGAUUUGUGAUGGCCACUCCAAUACCUUGACUUUGUUGUCCUUAAGCCAUUUUGCCACAACUUUGGAAGUAUGCUUGGGGUCAUUGUCCAUUUGGAAGACCCAUUUGCAACCAAGCUUUAACUUCCUGACUGAUGUCUUGAGAUGUUGCUUCAAUAUAUCCACAUCAUUUUCCUUCCUCAUGAUGCCAUCUAUUUUGUGAAGUGCACCAGUCCCUCCUGCAGCAAAGCACCCCCACAGGAUGAUGCUGCCACCCCCAUACUUCACGGUUGGGAUGGUGUUCUUCGGCUUGCAAGCAACCCCCUUUUUCCUCCAAACAUAACGAUGGUCAUUAUGGCCAAACAGUUAUAUUUUUGUUUCAUCAGACCAGAGGACAUUUCUCCAAAAAGUAUGAUCUUUGUCCCCAUGUGCAGUUGCAAACCGUAGUCUGUCUUUUUUAUGGCGGUUUUGGAGCAGUGGCUUCUUCCUUGCUGAAGGUUAUGUCGAUAUAGGACUCGUUUUACUGUGGAUAUAGAUACUUUUGUACCUGUUUCCUCCAGCAUCUUCACAAGGUCCUUUGCUGUUGUUAUGUGAUUGAUUUGCACUUUUCGCACCAAAGUACGUUCAUCUCUAGGAGACAGAACGCGUCUCCUUCCUGAGCGGUAUGACGGCUGCGUGGUCCCAUGGUGUUUAUACUUGCGUACUAUUGUUUGUACAGAUGAACGUGGUACCUUCAGGCGUUUGGAAAUUGCUCCCAAGGAUGAACCAGACUUGUGGAGGUCUACAAUUUUUUUUCUGAGGUCUUGGCUGAUUUCUCUUGAUUUUCCCAUGAUGUCAAGCAAAGAGGCACUGAGUUUGAAGGUAGGCCUUGAAAUACAUCCACAGGUACACCUCCAAUUGACUCAAAUUAUGUCAAUUAGCCUAUCAGAAGCUUCUACAGCCAUGACAUAAUUUCCUGGAAUUUUCCAAGCUGUUUAAAAGGCACAGUCAACUUAGUGUAUGUAAACUUCUGAACCAUUGGAAUUGUGAUACAGUCAAUUAUAAGUGAAAUAAUCUGUCUGUAAACAAUUGUUGGAAAAAUUACUUACGAAGUAGAUGUCCUAACCGACUUGCCAAAACUAUAGUUUGUUAACAGAAGAAUUGUGGAGUGGUUGAAAAACGAGUUUUAAUGACUCCAACCUAAGUGUAUGUAAACUUCCGACUUCAACUGUACAAGGACAUGUUUUGUACAUGCCUGUAGUCAACCUGGUGUUAAUGUCCCUGUUGUUGCUUUAGGUGCAGCAGAGGUUGAUAAGGAGUGCAGGCGGGCAGAUGCAGGCGGUCAGUCUCCCGGUGCAGACCCACACCAGCCUGACCAUGCCCUUCUACAGCAACCCCAUGAUGUUCUCUCAACAGACGAACACACGACCACUGCAGGACUCAAACCAAAGACACUCAGACACUGAGUUCAGCCAAGAGGAACAGUUACGGUGAGCCCUACAGACAGUAAAACACUGAUUUCUUGUUGCAGAAUUCCUUUCAAGAACAUGUUGUUGAAAGUCUGCUCUUCAUGGUCAGUGUAACUCAGCCUUUAGUUUGGUCUGAAUCGAAGCAACUUGUAACUGAAUACAUUUUGGGAAACAUUGACAUGGCAAGCUGUAUAUUAUCGAAACAAAGCUUUGAGUUUGUUAAUCAUAGCUAUGUUGUAUGAAUUCUGAAUGAAAUAACACCUGCUUAACACCUGCUUACCUUGAAGUGGAAGUAACUUCACAUGAAAGUCUUGUCCUUCAGUUAAUUUAAUCAAAAAUAAAAGUAGGUUUGAGUUCAUCAGAUUGAAAUCAAAUGGUUAGAAGAAAAAGGUUAGGGUGACAUUGGAGAGGGAAUAGUCUCCUUGAGUCACAAAACCUUUUGUCCUGUCCAUUGGACUCACACUGUAUUUGGGAGAUGGAUAAGUAUGUCAAGGGUGAAAAAUACCAGCUUUGCAAUCUCAGCCCUCAUGGCCCAGGAGUCAUUUUUAGAACGGUUGGAGUUCCAGCUUUGACAAUGACAUAGACCGUUCUUUCUGGCAGCAUGCUGCUCAACCAGCCAAUGCAGACCCUCUUACCUGAUAACAGUGUGAGCUCCCAGGCUUCCCAGUGCAACACAGCCAUCCAGCAAACCAAGUAAGUGUGUGUUUGAGUUUGUGUAUAUCUCUUUACACAGUCUGUUAUUUGACCCAUAUGUAGUACAUGCAGUGAAAUAUGAGAACAUUUAUCAUUGAUAUGACCUGAUUGUACUUAAAAGACAUGAUAUACACUUAUUGGCAAAGAAUCAGACCAUACACAAAUCUGAGUGUUAAAGAAAAACAUUCUAGUUUCUACUGGUAGUUCAACCAGCAUGUUUUACCUUAUGUUCCAAAUAAACAUAUUCUGUUACUAUGAACACAGUAAACGUAGUUUGAUUGCGCCCAUCCCUCCCCAGAUACACCCUGGAGCAGCAGAUGAUGACCCCGUCGUUCCCCAUGCAGCAGGUGAACUGCAACGCUGUCCUGGUCCCCUCCCCUGUAUUCACGUCCCCCAUCAUGAUCCCUCACAACAGCUUUAUCACGCACCAGGCCCAGCCCGCCUACCACCCUCAGCAGCAGGCCAACCAUCACUCUCUACAGCUGCAGCAGUCCCAGCAGUUCUUUCAGGUACAGUAGUAGUCCUACUACUUGCAGUAGUGUGAUAGCAGGCCUUGGGCUGGGGGGGGGUUUGUCUCACUCUGUAGAAUAACUAGUAUCACCUCACUUACGCCCUGAUCCCUUUCUGGUGAUAGAUGCAGCCCCAAGGACUCUUACACAGUGGACCCACUCAGGCGUUCUUCCACACCACUAAUGUCCCACAGCAAGGGACUGUGGGUUAUAUUCAACAACAACAACAGCAGCAACAGCAACCACAACAACAGCAGCAACAACACCACCAUUCCCAAAACCAGACUGGCAGUCUUUCAGAAUUCCGAAAUGUGCUCACUCGG